AUUGUAUUGUGGAUACCAAUGGUGAGCACAACUACUGUACAACAAGACAGUCCAUAACACAUACGUAUUAUGUCUUGAAUUAAAUUUUGUGAAAUUAAACUUUUAAUUAAAUAAUUUAAGCGAUGAAUCGGUUAAUCAAUUGUGAAUUGAAUGCAAUAAUUCUGUUAAUAGUCUAUGUAUUCAGUGCUUACGGUUUGCAUUCAAUUACAAAGAGGUAUCAAAUUCCGGACCCGAAGAAUGGUCCGCAACAGCAGAGAUCAAUUCGUGACAGUAUUGUCGACCGCUUCCACAUCAAUGUCAACACAAUUAUAAGAACCCACGAUUCCAGAGCACUGGGAGCUAAGUAUUUGAAUGAAACAGAAUUGCCCUCAAACGAGGACUGUCUGUAUUGGUGUUUGGAUACCAAUUCCUGCAAUCUUGCAGUUUAUGAACAGAAAACCCGGGGCAGUUGCUAUCUAUUUGAUUGCGGACCCAAUGAAGACUUUCGCUGCAAAUUCACGGCUCAUAACUUCUAUUCGAGUUCUAUUCUUCAGGCAAAUACACAUCCGUAUGAACUGAACGAAUGGCAGUCACAAGUGAAACACGAGAAAGAGUUGACAAAACUGAGGGCUCAGGGUACUGUCUCUCCAGUUGUAAGCAGUAGUACAUCAUCGGUGAGGAACCUUAUGGCCCCGUCAGUGGUUCCCACGACCACUGCUAACGCACUACUCUAUCAUAAAACGUCUCGUUGUUUGCACUAUCAGUUUGAGUGCAAGAAUAACAGCGAAUGCAUAGCGAUAUACAAUGUCUGCGAUGGUAUCCCUCAAUGCAGUGAUGGAAGUGAUGAAGCGGUUGACUUGGAGUGUCAUAAGUCCAGAUUCAAUGUCCCAAAUUCAAAACCCAAUCGUCCCAUGAGUUCAACAGACAAUUCAGGACAAACUCUCAACAAACCGUUAGAAAUGAAAGACUUAACACAAAAGCCGGAUAAAUCAGGUUCAGCUUACGUACGGAUUCCGGUUACUAAAUCUCAACAAGGAUUGUCUGCAUAUAAUUACCCGAAAACCCCCGACUCUGAUAACGCCCGACCCAUUGACGAUCAAAUAGGAGCUCCAAAGAAGCAUAACUUUGGUCCCGCAGAACAGAAUUCCCAAUAUAGAGGUCCAUGGAAUCAAUACUAUCAACCAAACGAUGGCUUUGGUUCAUCUGACAAUCGGAUGAGUGGUUCCGGGUAUGCGAUGGAACCCCAGUAUCAAAACAGUUAUAACAAUCGCGAGUCAUCUAAUUCUGGCUCUUAUUGGCCAUCAAUUGGAAGACAACAAUCGUAUGACUUAGCGGACCAAAUGUUAUCACCGGGAAGUCAAUCGUAUGGGAAUUCCAUGUCUAAUAAGCCGCAAACCAAUGCAGAGGACGAAUGGUCACAAAGCGGUUCCAAUGCAAACACAUAUAACUCUAAUUAUUACGAACACAUCUCAAGAACAAGAGCUAACAAACCAGAAAUGAAAGGAAAUCAGAUUUUAUCCAAUAAUAAGUUCUCGAAUACCAAACAAAUGGAAAGCGAUUCUGGAGUGAAGACUAAACCAAACCCGAGUCCUCAUCAAUACGAGCAUCAGUUAAAGUCUAACAAAGUAGACGAGUCCAGCAAAUCAGCACUUUAUACGAAACCAAAGCCCAAUUAUUCGCACAUCUCGUCGAAUAAGGGUUACGUGAAUAGCGCCAGUAUUGUGGCCGUGUCCUAUAUGCACGACUCCAGCCAACAGAGCGGUCGCGAGACCAACAGCGCUGUCAUAGCCCUGAGUCUGGGCUUAUGUGUGACCGCGCUGUUGAUAGUUCUCGUCGGAUGUCGGAUGAAGUCUUUUAAACGAAAGAUCGCUCGCAGGGGCGGCCGUUCCCUCGCUCACGACGCCGACUAUUUGGUCAACGAUUUGUAUCUGAAGAACAUGUCAUCGAACUCUGGAAACAAAUCCAAUUGUAGUAACAGUCCUAAGGAGCAAAAUUACACACCAAUUGGUGGCACACAAACUGUUAUGAACGAGGACCAGACACAGUUUAAUGCCAAUGUCACUGCCAAUGCACCAUUGUCAAAUCCGGGGCAGCCUGUUACUAACAAUGCAAGAACGGGAAACAAUUUGCGCUAAUUGCAAUUAAAACCGAGUGAAUUAUACUAGUAUGGUAUGCUAUAAUAGGACUGUCCAGGUCCGGUAAUCUAGCGGAAUGUCCUUGGUGUCCAAAUCGGUGAUUAUAUCGGUCGACGCGCU